CCCAUCUGUCACCCACGGAACCCACAGAAAAUACUUGGCUGUCAACUCAACUACGUAAUCGCCUCCCUCCGCGCCGCCGCUCGCCGCCGCCCGCAGCCCCCACAGAGAGGCGGCCCAGAACCCCGCACCAUGUGGCGCCGAGCCGGACGGCUCCGCCUCCACCUCCUCGCGGCGGCUCCCGGGGCCGCCGCCGCCGGCCGCGGCUCCCGGAGGAACCCGCCGCGGCCUGUGCCCACCUCUCUCCACAGGGGUUUCGGCGCCCUCGCUCGGGGUUCCUCCACCGGAGCGCCCUCUCGGGGCCUCUCGGACCGGGCGCGGGGCGGCGGUGCCGGCGAGUGCUGGAGCUGCGGCGCGGGCGGCGCGUUCCUCUCGUGCGGCGCCUGCGGGAGCGUGCAGCCCGUCGACCCCGCCGUCGACUACUUCCGGAUCUUUGGCCUGGAAAGAGAGUACAACAUAAAGGAUAACAAUUUAGAGGGGAAGUACAAAGACUGGCAGAAGAAGUUACAUCCAGAUCUAGUUCAUUCUAAAUCUGAGAAAGAGAGAGCUUUUGCUGCUGAGCAAUCAGCACUUGUGAUUGAUGCAUACCGCACACUGAGCAAACCUUUGUCAAGGGCAUUAUACUUGCUGCAACUAGAGGGGAUACACAUUGAUGAAGAGAAGACUAUCACUGAUCCUGAACUUCUUAUGGAGAUGAUGGAAAUGCGCGAAGCAGUUAGUGAGGCCAAUGAUCCUCAAACCCUGGAGAAGAUACAAUCUCAGAUUAAGAGAAAGUUCGAGACCUGGUCCAAUUCCUUCCAGGAAGCGUUCGACAAGAGGGACUUUGAUCGUGCAGUGAAAGCUACACAGAGAAUGAGAUACUAUGAGCGUGCAGUCGAAGAAACCGUGAAGAAGCUGUAAUUGUAAAGUGUACAGUGACAACCGAUGCGGAGGCUGCUGGUCCAUGGUUCUUGUGUUCCUGGAUGACCCAUGUUGCCACAUUCGCCUUGGGAUGAAAUAAUGCCAGAUGCUUCCUCACCAGCCAUUGCUCACUUCACUCCAUGGUUGCACAUGUAGUGAUGGAGGUCUUCCUCUGUACCGACGAUCUGUAUUGCAAAUGCCACUGGUGACAAUGCUGCAGGUAGGGAAAGGACAUAUUUCUCUUUACAGUAAAAUUUCAUUAUACACAGGCAGCUCUAGGCAGACGAUGAAAUGGGAAUAGAUAUUCAUCAGUACCCAGAAUUAAAUUCAUUCUUUGUUGAACAAGCUAAUUAGAGUAAACGUUAUGCCACGCUCGAAAAAUCAAAAGUGUGGCUCGGCGCAAAGCAGUUUGUAUCAUCUGUUGUGAUGGAAUUUGUGGGUUAGAUACGAUGCAUGGACAGGUUGAUCUCAGAGAUGAAAUUUUAAGUUUGUUGGGCCUAACUCUGUUAAUUCGUGAAUCAGCAUGUUAACACAAUGUCGUUCUCCUUUCAGAUUU